CGGCUGACACAUGCCCUUGGCUCCCGCCGCUGCUGAUUUUCUUGCUGGCGUUUUCCCUCCGCAAGCCCCUUCCCGGGCUGUUCUCCGAGGAAAAGCCGAGGUCUCUGCGUAACUGCUGCAGAAGGGCAAGAAAAGCCGUUCCCCGCUUCUCCCGGAGCAGUCCCUUGCCUCUGGGAGCACCGGCUGCCUCUGCUCCGUAAUUGGUGUCGUAACCAGAGCAGAGAGUGCGGGUGGGAAGGCUGAGAACGCCCAUACCCUGCGGAGGGAGGAUGAGGAGAGAGGAGCCGGGAUUUGGGCUCGGUCUGUUCGCCUUGGCUCACGGCGAUGCUGGUUAAUCUUUUCAGCGCUGAGCGCCAGCUCUGUGGCUUUAGUGGCUGUUGACCUUUCUGCUCUUGAGGCUCUGGUGUCCGGGUCCCCUGCCGCAGGGAAGGGGGUUUCACUGCCAACGCGCUCUGCUCUGAGUUUGGAAAUCCAAGAGUAAAACACAGCGGGGACGAGGGGGGAGGACAGCCAGGGCUGAGGAGGCUGCGCCCAGCAGGUUGGGGACGCCGCGCGCUGCCUGCAAGCUGGGAGAUGCUGCCUUGCUCAAGGAGGGGCUGCUUCCAGCUCUCCUCAGCGGGAAGAGGAGUUAUCCUGAUACAGAGCCCUUUGCGGGUUUGUCAAGACUGAGCGGGGAGAAGAGUCACGAUGAAGAACCAAGGCGGGGAGACCAAAGCAGGCCCGCGGCCUGCUGGCUCUUCCAAAAUGAGCGGCAGCUUGGUGCUGGAGGAAGGCGACUCAGCGGAGGCCGCAGCAGCCCUGGAAGCUCCUCUUGUGCAGGAGGACACCAAGUCCUCCCGGCCUGCCGUGCGCGACGUCUCCGAAGAGCUAAGCAGACAGCUUGAGGACAUCUUGAACACAUACUGUGUGGAUGCCAGCCAGGAGGGCCCAGGCGAGGACGGCGGGCAGAGUGAGCCCGUGGAGCCAGAAGAAGCUGAGAAGUGUCGUAGCGAGUCCCCGAGGAACGGCGACCAGGAGUCGGGUGGCCCCGAGAUGAACGGGGAGAAAGAAAGCACGAAGGGGAAUGAAGAGUUUCGACCCGUCGAGGAGUGUGGGGAGCGGGAUCAGAAGAAGGCUCAGGAAAAGAAGAAAGCCAAGGGCCUGGGCAAAGAAAUCACUUUGCUGAUGCAGACGUUGAACACCCUGAGCACGCCAGAGGAGAAACUAGCGGCACUGUGCAAGAAAUACGCUGAGCUGCUGGAAGAGCACCGUAACUCCCAGAAGCAGAUGAAGAUCUUGCAGAAGAAGCAGACGCAGCUGGUGCAAGAGAAGGACCACCUGCAGAGCGAGCACAGCAAGGCCAUCCUGGCCCGCAGCAAGCUGGAGAGCCUGUGCCGCGAGCUCCAGAGACACAACCGCACCCUCAAGGAGGAGGGUGUCCAGCGUGCGCGGGAGGAAGAGGAGAAGCGGAAGGAGGUGACAUCCCACUUCCAGGUGACACUGAAUGACAUCCAGCUCCAGAUGGAGCAGCACAACGAGAAGAACUCCAAGCUGCGCCAGGAGAACAUGGAGCUGGCGGAACGGCUCAAGAAGCUCAUCGAGCAGUACGAGCUGCGGGAGGAGCACAUUGAGAAGGGGUUCAAACACAAGGACCUGAAGCAGCAGCUGGUGGACGCCAAGCUCCAGCAGGCGCAGGAAAUGCUGAAGGAGGCAGAGGAGAGACACCAGCGAGAGAAGGACUUUCUGCUGAAGGAAGCUGUGGAAUCGCAGAGGAUGUGUGAGCUGAUGAAGCAGCAAGAGACCCAUCUCAAGCAGCAGCUGGCUCUCUACACGGAGAAGUUUGAAGAAUUCCAGAACACCCUUUCCAAAAGCAGUGAAGUGUUCACGACAUUUAAACAGGAGAUGGAGAAGAUGACUAAGAAGAUCAAGAAGCUGGAGAAAGAGACCACUAUGUACCGCUCUCGCUGGGAGAGGAGCAACAAGGCUCUCUUGGAAAUGGCUGAAGAGAAAACCCUUCGGGACAAAGAGUUAGAGGGGCUUCAGGUGAAAAUCCAGCGCUUGGAGAAACUCUGCCGAGCCCUGCAAACAGAGCGCAAUGACCUCAAUAAGAAGGUGCAGGACCUGUGUGCUCACGCGCCCCGGGCAGACAUGGACCCGUUGGAGCCUCUGAAGGAUCCCUCUCGGGACGGCUCUGAGGCGGCGGCGGGAGGAGCUCCAGCAGAGCAGCGCCUGGCUGAGGAUUGCCUUCACUCGGGAAAGCCGACGCACAGCACGGAGCCUGCGGAGAGCCUGGGAGAACUGAGCAUAGGAGCCCUGGGGCAGAGUGGGACUGAGGAAGGCCCUCAGGGCGCUGACUGAGCCCGCUGUGUGGCAGGCGGAGGCUGCGACCCCCCCAAAACCUCGCGCGGCUCAGGAAAGCGGGCGCGUGGAUCCGCGCCGGCACGCGGCGCUGGGACAGCGGGAUGCGUCACCGCCUCCGCAGCGACUCUCGCGUCGAGUGAAAGCGAACGAGCCGAGCAGGGGAGAAGCGAAGCGUUUCCCAGCGCUGGAUUCUCCCUCCCUCCUGUGCCUCGGGCAGGAGGGAGCUCCGGGACUUGCUCUCGUUUUCCUCAGGCCCUGGCUGGCAGCUCCCCGUGCGCGAGCGAGGGCGCAAGAGGCCGUUUCCCCUCCGCUGUGUGGGUUUUGUGUAUUGAACGGGGACAAAAAGCAGCAGAGAAACGGGGGGUGCCCGGUUCACCCAGGCCUCCCGCGGGGCCUUUGCUCUUCCCGGAACCUGCCGAUGUCUCAGUAGCCUUACGAUUCACAGUUGCCUCUUUGCUAUACGCACAUGUGCACAAGUGUAUUAAACAGUUAAUCCAAAGGUCUAAUUCCCACGUGUUUUGCACAAGUGCGUGCGAUCAGUUGUGCAAGGGGCUGGGGAGGUUCCACCUGAGCUCCUCUCUUCCCGCGUCAGGACCUUCCUGGCCCAUCCCUUGGUCUUGGAGGCGUUGAUGGAGCUGGGGCUCCAGGAGGAUAAAACCUGCGUCUGCGCCACGACCUGCUGCCCGAGCCCAAUGGCCAGGACCAGCACAAGGCCCUGUGGGCCGGUCCCUUCCGCACCAGACCCCCACAGGCUCUCCUGGGUGGCCAUGCUGGUGCUCCCACAGCCCCUGCCCCGGCUCCUUUCCCCCUCUGCUUUCCCAGGGGAGCGUCUGCAAGUGCUGCUGUGCUUGGGGGGUGUUUGAGGACAGGCGUGGGGCCUGCUGGCACAGGGCUUGGGGCAUUUCUCCUUAGUUUCUCAAGACUCCCUCCUUUUCACUGUUCUUUUGGGAGACCUCUGCUUGCUUGGAAACCUCCUCGCUGCAGCCUCUCUGUACGCCAGACUUUAUUUUCAGCAUCGCCUUCUUUUUCCUUGAAGCUGAAGCGAGCUGGCUGGAGCCCUUCCUCGCAGUGGAUGGGUUCGGUGGAAAGGUUUCGGCUUCUCUUCCAGCGCUGCAGCUGCUCUCUCGCAUAUUCUCUCUGCUGUUGUACAGAGCCCUCACCAAGGACCUGCUGGGGGAGCAGCCCCCAGGAGCUGCCUCCGCGUCCCCCUUUCCUCCACGGGGACCUCAGCGAGUUCAGGGGUACCGAGCGAGGCUGGCUGCUGUGGAGACGGGAUCCAACGAGGGAACAUGUUCCUUGGAGCUGAGCGUGGCUUUGUCGUCCAGCCCCUCACUGUCAGCGUCGCUUCCUCCAGCGCAGGGACACCUUUGCCUCCCCGAGGAGCUGGCAGA